AUGUCACCGAGCCAUAUGGCCUCUUACUACAUGACUUUGCUUGCACACGAUCAAGAUCCAGCUGGUAGCACACUGCAGAAAACUUUUCAGGUUCGGGUUGAUGAAAAAGAUUUUGGCGCUUUGAAUUUGGGGUGCUCCAUUGCUAGAAUUAAAGAUGAAGUGACCACAAAGAAGCCCUUCAUACCGCACUUUCAUGGUGGCGCGGUGGCAGAUGAAUUGCCUGAUUGGCCCUCAGAUGAUGAUUUCAGUGAUGGAAAACGAUUUUACGUGCUGAAGGAAUCAGAGUGGCAAGCCACUGACUGGAUUUCUAUGUAUUUGGAACUUGUAGUUUGUACACAUGCUUUAUCGAUGGUAAAACUUCCCCGGGCGCAGGCAGAUGAGAUUAUGUCCAAGUUGGAGAUUUUGAAAGUGGCAAUAGAAACUAGUAUUGAAGAUGUGGAGCCGUCCAAUGAGUCUCUCAACGCCAAAAGUGCAAAUGUCUACAUAAUAUAUAAGGGCUUAUCAGAGCUUCGAGUUUUUGAACUUGCUUUUGAGAUUGGUGAGCAUAUUGAACGCAAAGCUAUAGUUAGAAGAGUCAUCCAUGAGGAUACAGGAAACCUGACUCUCGUGGUGGUUGAUACAACUUACAAGGCCCUAAUUUUGCUUAAACUUGUGCGAGUGAGUAUGACGACCGAGAAAACGAUUUCUUCGGAGGAGUAUAACAGGGCGCGUAAGGCAUACUGGCGUGUUGUGAAGGAAACCGAAGGUUUCGAUCUGGAGGACACUUCAAUACCAAAUUAUAUGGCUGGAAUGAUCAAGGGACUGAUGGUCUUCGACUGUCAAGUUCUUUCGCACUGGCCUUUUCCUUCCUUGGUCAAGCUAUAUGCUAAGGUGGGGCUUCAUCGUUAUAACAUAUCGGAGGGGACAAGCUUCGUGUAUGAUGACUUAAUUAAGUUCAACGCGACACCGAACUGUGUUGCGUCGUAUUACAUUACUUUGCUUGCAAGUGAUCCAUCUGUUAGCCCAGAGCAGCCCAAAGUGCCUAAAGAUGAAGUGACCACCAAGAAGUCGUACAUACCUCACUUCCAUGGUGGCGCAGUGGCAGAUGGAAUCUUCAAAGGUGAAUUGCCUGAUUGGCCAUUAAAUGAUGAUUUCAGUGAUGAAAAACGAUUUUACGUGGUGAAGACAUCAGAGUUGCAAGAGGUUGAUUGGGUAUUAAUGUAUUUGGAACUUGUCAUUUGUGCGCAUGAUAGGUUUACUUCAAUUAGCGAUCUGUUGGAGUUGGAGAUUGUGAAAGUGGUGAUAGAAAGUAACAAAGACGGGUUGGGGCCGGAUUGGAAACUCGGGCGCAAAAAUGCGAAUGUGUACAUAAACUAUAAAGAUAAGAGUAGGGCUGAUGUGAAUGCUGAGCGCAAAGCUAUGGUAAGAAGAGUUAUCGAUGAAGGUACACAGUAUUUGAGCCUCGCUGGUAAGCUUUGUGGUGGUCCGAAAGAAGAGCAGCGUUAUAGGGUUCUCAUUCGUGAGCGUUACGAGAAGCAUUAUGGAAAAGCCGAGACUUCUUCUGAAAAGCGGCCUCGCUUAGGCUAG